AUGCCGGAACUGGCGCGGUCAAUUCCCCGCUCCUGGACUUCAACGUUAAAGCUUCCUAAGUCUACAUUCCCCCCACGAGUCUCCACUGUCGAUCGGACGAAAUACCUCAAACGAUGCACCGAUGAUCUCUACACCUGGCAGCAACGCGAAAGACCAGCCGACCAACCAUUCGUUCUACACGAUGGUCCACCAUACGCGAAUGGCGAUCUACACGUCGGACAUGCCCUGAACAAGAUCAUAAAGGAUAUUAUUUGUCGCGUUCAACUGGGCCGGGGCAAGAGGGUACGGUACGUGCCAGGCUGGGACUGUCAUGGACUUCCCAUCGAGCUCAAGGCGCUGCAAAACCUACGCGAGUUGGACGUCGAGAAUGGAUCGGUCAGCGCGGCGGUGAUUCGCAAAUUGGCGCGGCAAUUGGCGCGACAGACGGUGAAGAGCCAGAUGAAGGGAUUUCGCGGCUUCGCAGUCAUGGCGGACUGGGAGAAUCACUGGAAAACAAUGGACAAGCAAUUCGAGAUGCGACAGUUGGGUGUCUUCAGGGAAAUGGUUGAUCGGGGUUUGAUCUAUCGGAAGUUCAAACCUGUUUACUGGUCUCCCUCAACAGGCACGGCUCUUGCGGAAGCGGAAUUGGAAUACAAUGAGAAUCAUGUGUCGACCGCUGCAUUGGUCAAAUUCCCUCUUGUCGACGUACCAAAACAUCUUGCUGAGAACCCCCUGCUUUGCGGAAAAGAUUUGAGUGCUGUGAUUUGGACAACUACGCCUUGGACUCUGCCGGCCAAUGCUGCCAUUGCAGUUCAUGAGUCGUUGGAAUACACCAUUGUCCAGUCUGAAAAACAUGGCUAUCUUCUCAUCGCUCAGUCCCGGUUUGAGUACCUUCAAAGCAUGCUGAAAGAGGAACUGUCUAUCGUUGUUCCCUCUAUCUUAGGUUCCGAGCUGGCGGAGAAAACUACUUAUCGGCCUCUGUUCAAGGGACCGGAAGGUCAACCGCAGCCUAUCAUCGCUGCGGAUUUUGUCACCGCUGAUUCUGGUUCUGGCAUGGUUCACUGCGCGCCUGGCCACGGAAUGGACGACUAUGAAGCGUGUCUUUCGCGUGGCAUUCCUGUAUUUGCUCCUGUCAACGACAAAGGCGAGUUUACUAGCAAAGCCAUGCCCCUCGACCCAACAAGACUCGCCGGAAAGCCUGUCUUGGGAGAAGGUAACACUGCAGUGUUGGAAUGGGCUGAGUCGUGUCAUCAGUUGCUCGCACAGCAUAAGUAUGAGCACAAGUACCCUUACGAUUGGCGAUCGAAGCUUCCGAUCAUUGUUCGGGCAACCGAGCAGUGGUUCGCCGAUGUGGCUGACAUCCGGGGCAGCGCCCUUCGAGCAUUGGAAGAUGUUCGAUUUGUCCCCGAAGCCGGAAGACAGCGACUGGAAAACUUUGUCAAGAACCGAAGUGAAUGGUGUAUCUCGCGACAACGUGCAUGGGGUGUUCCCAUUCCUGCAAUCUAUCACCGGACCACAGGGGAGGCUGUCCUGACCAAGGACAGUGUCUCACACAUCAUGGCCACGAUUGAAGAGCGGGGCAUCGAUGCCUGGUGGACCGACAGUGCGGACGAUGCUGCAUGGAUUCCUCCGUCCUUGCGUGAGGAGUCUGGAGCGGGGUAUCGACGUGGAACUGACACGAUGGACGUUUGGUUCGACAGUGGUACCAGUUGGGCAGAAAUCGAUGUCCCCACCGAAGGACGGAGUCACCCAGCCGACGUGUAUUUCGAAGGUUCCGACCAGCACCGUGGCUGGUUCCAGUCCGGCCUCCUCACGUAUAUCUCACACCAACUUGCCUUGGGUCAACCCUCAACUCCUCAUGCGCCGUUCAAGAACCUCAUCACCCACGGCUUUACCUUGGAUGAGGAUGGGCGCAAAAUGAGCAAAUCCAUCGGGAACGUUAUCGAUCCCCAAACCAUCAUGGACGGAACCCUGUUGCCUCCUCUCAAGCCUCGCAAGGUGAAGGGAAAGAAGCAGCCUGAGAAUCCUGAGCCAGUUUACGAUGCACUUGGCCCCGAUGCUCUUCGCAUGUGGGCGGCAAGCAGUGACUACACGCGCGAUGUGGUGAUUGGUAAACAGGUACUUCAGACUGUCAAUACCAGUCUCCACAAGUUUCGUGUCACCUUCAAGUUGUUGCUGGGCGCACUCUCCGAUUUCCACCCCGAUCACAUUGUCCCAUAUGGGCAGCUGCAGCUGGUGGACAGAAUUGCAUUGAAGCAUCUCUCUGAUAUGGUGCUCACCACUCAAAAAACAUGUGACAACUUCGAAUUCUACAAGGCCGUGAGCACGCUGAACAGGUGGGCCAACCUGGAGUUCUCGGCUUUUUACAUGGAAGCCAUCAAAGACCGACUCUACACUCUAGGUGAAAACAGCACUAGUCGGCGGGCUGCGCAGACAACUUUGUUCUACGUCUUCCGUCAUCUCCAAGAGGCACUCGCUCCCAUCACUCCCAUGUUGGUAGAGGAGACCUGGGAACAUACCCCCGAAAGUAUCCGCUCUGAAACAGAGCACCCCUUGCAGCGCAUGAUCUCCGCUCCCGCCUCGGAAUGGCAGGAUCCAUCCCUGGACCACAGCUACCAGGAGCUGACCGUAGUGCACUCUGCGAUCAAGAACCUCCAGGAGCAAGCCCGGAGCAAGAAGCAACUUGGUUCAUCACUACAAUCAUUUGUUCACCUCGUUCUUCCGACCGACACUUUCCACCAAUACCUGUCCGAAUUGCCCGACCUCUUUGUUGUAUCAUCUGUCACCCUCGCCUCACCCACCGAUCCGCUCCCCACUAAAAUUGCUGAUGCUGAAUGGCAAUACUCAGAGACCUUUGAGCUAGGUGGCCAGGCUCAGGUGCACGUGUAUGCACCACAGGCAUUCAAAUGCCCCCGAUGCUGGCGGUAUGCUCUUCCGGUGGCAAAGGAAGACGCUAUCUGCGACCGGUGUGAUACAGUGGUACAUGAACAGACACAGACAUAA